ACGAGGCACACAAACUAACUAAAACUUACGCUUUUGUGAAAACAAGUUAACCUCAACAUUUUUUUUAGUUUGUAACUUGGGUGCACAUAACUUAAAACAAUAUGGAAGGCUAUUACAAUUCAUUCAGGGUUAAAAAGGAACCAAGCGUUGCCUCGCUCAACACGUGUAAUGAUCAUAUUGACGCGUUAUUGGAGUCUCACAAAGAAAUAAAAGUUGAAAAGAUCACUCAUUACGAAUCAUCUACAAACCACGUAUGUAAAAAAGAAGAUGACACAACUAAAAGUUUAUUCAUCGAGUUUGAGUGCAAAGAUGUUAAAUUAGAAUGUCAACCUUUACCUGACUAUUUAAAUCAACAAAAGCCAAUAAUUAUGACAAAAAAAGGGUUUAAUUACGAUAAAAGUUGUCAUUUUGAAGUGAGCUCGUUGGCGAAGCAUUUUGAAACAGAAGUACUUGAAGCGAAUGCAAUACUUGAGGACUUAUCAAUUGACUUCGAGUGCAAAGAUGUUAAAUUAGAAUGUCAACCUUUACCUGACUAUUUAAAUCAACAAAAGCCAAUAAUUAUGACAAAAAAAGGGUUUAAUUACGAUAAAAGUUGUCAUUUUGAAGUGAGCUCGUUGGCGAAGCAUUUUGAAACAGAAGUACUUGAAGCAAAUGCAAUACUUGAGGACUUAUCAAUUGACUUCGAGUGCAAAGAUGUUAAAUUUGAAUGUCAACCUUUACCUGACUAUUUAAAUCAACAAAAGCCAAUAAUUUUGAUUAAAAAGGGGUUUAAUUACGAUAAAAAAUGUCAUUUUGAAGACAAGGACGAGAGACAGAAAGUGAGCCUUGGCAUUGUUGGCGGUGGCUGGCGAUAA